CAUCCCCAUCCCCAUUCCCCACCCAACCCCGCCUUUUUCUCUCCAUCGCCUCGAAGCUCCGAUCGAAUUGCUCACAGAGCUUGUGCUCGAUCGAUCCGAUCACGACGAAGAUGGGAUCGAUACCCCAUGUCUCCCCCUUCUCCUCCCCCAUCUCCUCCUCGUUCUCCUCCUCUCUCCGCCGAUCCCUCCCGCGAUCGAUCUCUUUCACCAAUUCGAUCAUCGGGAGCACGAAGACGAAGAUCGGAUCCGCCGCGCGAAGGUUCCGGAUCCAUUGCGCGGUCUCGGAGAGCGGGACGAUGGAGGGGAGCCGCCGCGGUGGCGAGAGGAGCGGCGGAUCCGGGCGCAGGGAGGAGGACUACAAUACCGUGAUGAAGAGGCUGAUGAGGAACCCCUACGAGUACCACCACGACCUUGGCAUGAAUUAUACUAUCAUAAGUGAUAGCUUGAUUGUUGGAUCCCAACCUCAGAAGCCUGAAGAUAUCGAUCACUUAAAAGAAGAGGCGAACGUCGCGUACAUUCUCUGUUUGCAGCAGGACAAGGACAUGGAGUAUUGGGGAGUUGAUUUCCAAGCUAUUCUUGCGCGAUGCAAGGAGCUCUGUAUUCGGCACAUGAGAAGGCCGGCGAGGGACUUUGAUCCAGAUUCCUUGAGGUCUCAAUUGCCGAAAGCAGUUUCUUCACUAGAGUGGGCCAUAUCAGAGGGCAAAGGAAGAGUCUAUGUUCACUGUAGUGCUGGACUGGGCAGGGCACCUGCGGUUGCUAUCGCUUAUUUGUUCUGGUUCUGUAACAUGAAUCUCAACGCAGCAUAUGAGAAAGUGACUUCGAAAAGGCCCUGUGGACCUAACAAGAGAGCUAUUCAAGGGGCGACUUACGAUCUGGCGAAGAACGAUCCAUGGAAAGAGCCUUUUGAGAGCUUGCCCGAGCAUGCCUACAGUGGUGUUGCUGAUUGGGAGAGGACGCUGAUCCAAGACAGAGUGCGUGGACUGCGAGGAACUUGAGCAACCGUAUGGAACAAGGGAUUAUUAUAAACUUACAAUCUAGGAAGAAAGACCAGAUCUAAAAAGAAACCCCUUUUUUUGCAAAAACCUAAGGAGAAGUACUGCAAUAAAAAAUAAUUGAAUGUUAAGUACCAGAAUCAAAACUUUGGAAGCGUGGUAUACAUCUCAAAUUGUGCUAUAGCCCUUCGACUGGCUCGUCGACAAAAUCGCAGUCACAGGGUGGAAAGUGGUGCAGAGUUGCAGAGUUCAGAAGCAGCUUCUGAAGAUAAAAAUUAUCUUGGUGCUAGCAAGGAUCACUUAGCUUUAUCAAUCUCUGUAAUGUGUUUCUUAGACUUACGAUGAUAAAGAAAUGCGGAAAUUGUACCUAUGUAUAAGCUUUUGAUUUUUUCCUAUUGCAUGUUUUAUUAUAUUUACAGCAAUUAUGCAAAGGUGUUCUCAGAA